GUGCGCGCUGCGGCGAAGGGCAAGAUGGCGGCGCUGCGGGCGCUGUGGCGGCUGCGGGCACCUUCAGGGCCGCGGCUGGGGGCGGCCCCGGCCAGGGCGGCGCGGCAAUGGCAGCCCGACGUGGAGUGGGCGCAGCAGUUCGCCGGCGCCGUCAUGUACCCGUCCAAGGAGACGGAGAAGUGGGUGCCGCCGCCCUGGAACGACAAGGACCCUCCAGCUCAGAAGAAGGUCUCUAGCUUGACAAUAAACUUUGGGCCGCAGCACCCAGCUGCCCAUGGGGUCCUGCGGCUGGUCAUGGAGCUGAGCGGGGAGACUGUGAAGAGGUGCGACCCACACGUUGGCCUGCUGCACCGAGGCACUGAGAAGCUCAUUGAGUACAAGACUUACCUCCAGGCCUUGCCUUAUUUUGACCGUCUUGACUACGUGUCCAUGAUGUGCAAUGAACAAGCCUAUUCCCUGGCCGUGGAGAAGCUCCUCAACAUCCGUCCGCCUUUGAGGGCUCAGUGGAUCCGAGUCCUCUUUGCAGAGAUAACCCGGCUCCUGAAUCACAUUAUGGCUGUCACCACGCAUGCACUGGACAUCGGGGCGAUGACCCCGUUCUUCUGGAUGUUUGAGGAGAGAGAGAAGAUGUUUGAGUUCUACGAGCGGGUCUCCGGGGCUCGGAUGCACGCCGCCUACAUCCGACCUGGUGGGGUGCACCAGGACCUGCCCCUGGGGCUGAUGGACGACAUCUAUGAGUUUGUGAAGAAUUUCUCCACGCGGAUAGAUGAGGUGGAAGAGAUGCUCACUAACAACCGCAUUUGGAAGAACCGCACGGUUGACAUCGGGGUCAUAACGGCAGAGGAGGCUCUCAACUAUGGGUUCAGUGGGGUGAUGCUACGGGGUUCAGGGAUCCACUGGGAUCUGCGCAAAACGCAGCCCUACGACGUGUACGACCAGGUGGAGUUCGACGUCCCCAUCGGCUCUCGAGGCGACUGCUACGACAGGUACCUGUGCCGUGUCGAGGAGAUGCGCCAGUCUCUCCGCAUCAUCCUUCAGUGCCUCAACAAGAUGCCCGAGGGGGAGAUCAAAGUGGACGACGCCAAAAUCUCCCCUCCAAAAAGGGCAGAGAUGAAGACCUCCAUGGAGUCCCUGAUACAUCACUUCAAGCUCUACACGGAGGGCUACCAGGUGCCCCCUGGAGCGACCUACACAGCCAUCGAAGCCCCCAAGGGUGAAUUCGGUGUCUACCUUGUCUCGGACGGCAGCAGCCGCCCCUACCGCUGCAAGAUCAAGGCACCUGGAUUUGCUCACCUGGCCGGACUGGAUAGGAUGUCGCAGGGCCACAUGCUGGCAGAUGUCGUGGCCAUCAUCGGCACACAGGACAUCGUCUUCGGAGAAGUGGACCGGUGAGGUGGUGGCCCCAGACCGGCCCCCUUGCGCCUGCCCUGUGCUCUAUGUGCUGCCCUGUGUGCAGGGAUGCUCCGGGCUCUCCCUCAUCUGCCUCGCGCGCUGUGUUCUUCAUCUGGAGUUAAAUAAAACAAAACUGUGUCCUGCCUGUUGCUCA